AUGGAAGGAGGGCUGGCUGGAAACACUGCUCUGCCAAAUUCAUUUGAUAAAUCUGAAGUUUUGGAUGUAAAGCCACUUCGAUCCUUGCUUCCUCCACAAGGAUCCCCAUAUACACCUGUCCUUAACCAAAAUCCCUUUAGUUCAACUGCUGUGCCGAUUCGAUCAUUUAGCACAGAACUACCGGCUUCUAAUGGUGGAAAUGUGCAUAGCAGUAAUAAACGCAAAUUAGCUGGGUCGAGUUCUGUUAAAAAGAAUGUGAAGAGGGGCAAUGAAUCAGAAUUGGCAUUAGCUGCCCUUAGUAAUUUCAAACCUGGAAUCAGUGCGGCUGAAAAAGAUGAUGGCAACAUAUUGUCUACAAAAGGGGUGCGAACUAAUGGAAGAAAGCGAAUAGGGGUUGUUCCCGGUGUUGAAAUUGGGGACAUCUACUUCUUCCGAAUGGAGUUGAUUUUAGUGGGAGUGCAUGCUCAGUCCAUGGCUGGAAUUGACUUCAUGCCAAUGAAGGGUAGUGAUAUAGAGGGAGAACGAGUGGCUGUAAGCAUAGUUUCAUCUGGAGGGUAUGAAGAUGAUGCUGAAGAUCCUGAUGUUUUGGUGUACACUGGUCAAGGUGGGAAUGCCAGUGCCAAUAAAGAAGCAUCAGAUCAGAAGCUUGUGAGGGGAAAUUUUGCUUUAGAAAGGAGUUUGCACCGAGACAAUGAAGAGUCAUUCGAGAAGUGGAGAGCAGAUAUGUCUUCGAGGGAAGGACUUAUUCUUCCGGACCUCACCUCAGGUGCGGAAAGCACCCGGUCACACUUGUCAACGAGGUUGAUGACGAAAAGGGGCCUGCUUAUUUUACAUAUGUCUGUUGUUAAAUAUCCAAAACCAUCCAAAUUAGUGCAACCUUCCGUUGGAUGUAAUUGCAGUGAUGCAUGCCAACCGGGAAAUUCAAACUGCUCCUGCAAUCAAAAGAACAGUGGUGAUUUCCCUUACAUUGGCAAUGGGGUUCUAGUGUGUCAAAAACCUAUGAUUUAUGAAUGCGGUUCCUCAUGCCCAUGCACUCGUAACUGCAAAAAUAGAGUUUCACAGACUGGUUUUAGAGUUCGCUUUGAAGUUUUUAAGACGAGAGAUAGGGGUUGGGGUCUGCGGUCAUGGGACCCUAUUCGUGCAGGUGGAAUCACGAAACAGAGUCAGCAGGAGAGGGAAUUUCUAACACCAGUGAAACUUUUGAUAUUCGAUCUCCUUUAG